GGGGUGUGGCGGGUGGUACGGCGGCGGUAGCUAGGUUGGCCGGCUGGCCUUGUAUCUUGUAUUGUGAACGGGAUGUGCAUCUUCACCGCUGGUGGGGAUUCCUGGAAGGGCGUCACCUGCCCUGCCCUGCGCGGGUCCUCCUGGGCGACCUGCGUGCCCGGCGUGCUGUGGGGUGAGGGGUCUUAUGUUGGAGGCGGGGGGUCGCGUGAUGGUGGUUGUGCGCAGGUGUGUUGGAGGGGCGAGGGGCGUCCAGGCGAGGAGCGCCCGUUGGUUGGGGUUGGUUGAGGGUACCAGGGUGCGGCAGGUGUGGGGCCGCGGGGGCUCUGUGCGGCAGGGAAGACGUGGGAGGGUUUAGGGGAGACUGGUGGGCAGGAGGGCAGGAGGACAAGGUUGGGGUUGGCUGGCAAGGUUGGCUUGUGGAGUGGGGGUGGGAGCGGCGCAGCGGGGAUGUGCGAGCUCGGGAAAGGGAGUUGGUAAGCGAGUCACAGUGUGCAUUCCAUUAGUUAUCCAUUAGUUGUCGCAACUUUGAGGGGUUUGCCAGCAGGAAUUAGCGAAAUGUAGACUACUGCGGCUGCUUAACUGGUUUCACAUGUUCGGAUGCCUAUUGAAGCGGCUUGGCUAUGGCCGCUGACAAUAUCGCAGCUGGGCGCAGUAAGAAUUACGAGGCGUCAAUCUAGGUUAGGGUCACUUGUAGCUUGUAAACCUCGGGAGGCUAGUUGUCCCUCGUACAAAGUCAGUGCAACAUCCUUCGUGCGCUCAUGAACUAGCAGCCCUAAAUUGUCGACUCCCUUUUAGCGUUUUUCCUUCUUAUAUAACGACAUGAGCUGGUUUGUGGGUGUGUUCGACGUGCAGUCCUCACGAACGAGAAGACCGCCAAAAAGAACUGUCGUUCUAUAAGCUAUACAUUUGCGCAAAUACUAAGGGAGGAUAAGUAGAGUUACCGUAGAUACUUGCAUAAACGAAUACUGCUCCGCAAUUAGGCUAGCAAAGAGGCGCCUGCGCUCGGCGCAUCUACCAUUCUUUAGGACUGCAAGAGAAAGUAGUCAUAUACAUCUCUGCUGCCAUCCAGCACGACUUUACUGGACAAAGUAACAUGGACUAGGAAUUUAACAGUUCGGCUAAUUUGCAACAGGACUAACAGCUCAUGCUGCCAGGCUUGUUUCCAAUACCGGUAGUCUCCGCCCUGGCAUAAUACUCUUCCUCAAGGAAUCACAGUCACAAUGCAGACGCUUUCUCCUGCCCUGAUGGCCUCAACCAGCGAGGUGCUGGUCGCCGCGGCGGCCACCUGGAUGGGCUACCUCUCCCGGCUGGCGGCAGCGGCCCAGGGCCCGCCAGCCUCCCAGCCCCCGGCCGCAGGGGACCCCUCCUCCCCCUCCCCCUCCCCGGCCCCCCCAGCAGCGGUGCCGCUGCCCACCCCCUCCGAGGUGUCCUGCCUGGUGUCCUGCGGGCUGGGACCCGCACUGGUCACCACGGUACGGCAGCAGCUGCAGGCUGCCCUAGAGUCCCACGCGGUACCCGGCUUCUGGCGGCGCAUGGCGCUGUGCCGUACCGCUGCCGCCGCGGGGGACGAGGAGGCGCUGGAGGGGCACCUGCUGGCGGGGCUGAAGGGCCUGUGUGGUCUGGUGGAG